AUGGAGAACCAGAGAAAGGUCCACCUGGUUGGCUCUAUCUGCGGCACAGAUACUGCUACCUCUGCCUUUCGCAAAGCUGUGACAUCUUUUUCAAAUCUCCCUCGUCUACCUGACGGCGAGCCUGGGUACCGCUCGACCUUUAUUCAGUGGCAGCGGGGCGUCUUCAAGCAUGAUCCUUCUGUUCUUCGCAAAUAUGACAAGAGUUGGAACUCAGUUUCUGAAGACCCAGUACCCGACGACCAAGUCAAGUCCAUCGUCGGCCGUAUUCUGCCAUUGAAACCGGGCUACGACGAUGCUGCAUUGGAGUCAUAUGCAGAGUUUAGGCGUCUAAAGGACGAGGGCGUUAUACCCGCGCAUGUACGUUUUCAAGUGUGCUUUCCCACACCCUUUGUUGUUGUCUGUCUGGUCCGAGAGGGGUUCCAGGCGGACAUUGAGCCUCUUUACGAGAAAGCCCUCCUCUCUUGUCUUGAGAAUAUUCAAGAUAAAAUUCCACAUGACGACUUGGCCAUCCAGUGGGACAUUGCAGGUGAGAUGAUGCCUCUGGAAAGUCAUUUUUUACCCCAUUUCAAGCCCUGGUUUCCGCAACCGUAUAUGGAAGGCUUCAUCGAGAGGAUUGCGAGGCUCGUCAACACGGUGUCUCCGGAUGUUGAAACAGGGAUUCAUAUCUGCUACGGGGACUGGGGUCAUCGGCACUUUAUCGAUCCAAAGGACACUGGACUCAUGGUGACGCUAUCAAACGGCAUUUUGGCCAGCGCGCGUCGACCGGUAAACUGGAUACACAUGCCUGUUCCCCGAAACAUAGACGACGAAGCCUAUUUUUCUCCGCUAAAGGAACUGAAGCUACAACCUGGUUCUGACUUGUUUCUGGGUCUCGUUCACGCAAAUGACGCGGCAGGCACUCGGCUCAAGAUUGAUAUUGCAAAGAAGGUUUUAAGGCAGGUUCAGUUCGGUAUAGCCACAGAGUGUGGCCUGGGAAGAACACCUGAAGAGGACUUUCAGUCUAUUGCUGAUAUCACAAAUUUAUAUUCUCAUUUGUGA